CCUCCUGUCUAAACAAUCUUUGUCCGGGGGAACAAGCUUCCUCUACUUCCACUUCAACGUGCUACUCUUCUUGUCCUUGUUUCUCCUUCCUUUCCUCUCGAUAUCCUCGUCGCAUCGAUGCCGAUCCUCGCUCUCUUCUCUCCGUUAUAAAGCCGGCCUGUAACAGAGAAUCGCGCGAGCGAUAGAGCGAAAUAUGGUGGACGUUCCCAAGGUCCGCGAGGCCCUGUCCCAGGUCACUCACUCCACGUGCAUCGUCAUCCGCUGCCUGAGCACAGGUCGGGACUCGCAAGAAUCAUCGCAGCGGGCCCUUGUUCUCCUGACUGACAUCUUGGACCUGCUGUAUCGUGUCAAAGACCUGAUUAGCUGGGGGUCGGAGAAAUGGCUCGUCGAGCCGACGCGGCUUGGAGCUUUGGCGGAAUUGGUCGCGCUCUUCGGGUCGACAAUGAGAUCCAUUGAGCUGUAUUUUCAACCGGGCGGCGUGGGCGUCUGCUAUUUCAGGAAACACCUGCUGGAGAAAACGUUCUUGCCCCGCUUGGAACAGUAUAAAAUUAUACUGCUACUGUCGAUGCAGUCGGAUUCGGGUGAGAGGUCGUCGCUGGAUCGGGAGAUCAGAAAUAGCCUCAAGCACAACCGUGAGGCCGAGUCCGGACCAAAAGUUGACCUUGAGUUCGAAGAAGACGUUUUGAGGAUCACCAGCCGAUCGUCUUCGGAGCACUACAUCACUCUGGCAGAUUUGUGCAACCGGCGACUCAGGGGCAGCUGUCGGUGGAUUUUUGAAGAUAGUCAAUAUAAGCGCUGGUUGCUUGGCUCUUUCAAAACACUUUAUUGUGUCGGUCCGCGUAAGGUUAUCGUCGCCUCAUCCGCCGUUAUGAUCAUACUGACAGUCUACCGUGUGGGAAGCCGGUGCAGGGAAGACCUUCUUAUCAUCAGUCAUUGUUGAUUCUUUGCAGCGAACGUUCACGUCACCGGACGUCGCAACGGUCUGCGUAUACUGUCAGGA